CAGUCUUGACAUGGGGCGCAAGAAACAGCAACAGGGAAAACCCACGCGCCAGGAGUGCCGUGGUAAAGACUUGCGACACAAAAUGAAAGGAAAAUCACUGGAGACAUUCACUGAAGAAAUGCACGGCGCCUUACAAGCGAGUCUUCAGGCAGAUGGAGAAGAGGGAGCCCAGGUGAAGCUGCCCUGUGCCCUGGCCAUGUGGGACCUGGGCCACUGCGAUCCCAAGCGCUGCACAGGAAGGAAGCUGGUGCGGAAGGGCCUCGUGCGCACCCUGAGGCUCAACCAAAGGUUCAACGGCCUCAUCCUCAGCCCCAUGGGAACGAAAUAUGUCUCUCCGCAAGACAGGGAGAUUGUGACUCAGAAUGGACUGGCAGUGAUUGACUGCUCCUGGGCCAAGCUAGAAGAGACGCCCUUUAGUAAGAUGAGAGGGAGCCAUCCCCGCUUGCUGCCUUACCUGGUAGCGGCCAACCCGGUUAACUACGGCAAGCCCUGCAAACUGUCCUGUGUGGAGGCCUUUGCUGCCACCUUCUGCAUUGUGGGUUUCAGGGACCUGGCUGUGAUCCUGCUGAGGAAGUUUAAGUGGGGCAAGGUGUUCCUGGACCUGAACCAGACCCUGCUGGAGCGUUACGCAGCCUGUCAGACAGAGGAGGAGCUGCUGGCCGUGGAGAAGGAGUUCCUCAGCUCCAAACCAGAGGAGGAGGAGAUCGAUCCAUUUGAUGUGGACUCCGGUCUUGAGUGCUCAAAUCUCAACAGACCCAUGGCUGCUCAAGAGGAGGAAGACGAUGAGACUGACAGUGAGGAAGAUGAGACGUCAGGAGAAGAGGGAGACUGUGAUGGGGAGACCAAGAGGGAGGAACAAGCAGAUGAAGAUGAUGCAGAGUCUGAGGAAGAGGAGUGCGAGGAAGAGGGGAGGACUGCUUCUACACACAGUGCGAAUGUAAUUUGGAAAGGAGCAAAGAAAAGAAUACGAAACUGAUGUUCAUUUAUUUCACCGACAAAUACCAACAUUGUUUUUUUUUGACUGGUAAAACAGCAAGCCUUGGAAUGUUUAUCUCAAGUCUAAUCUGUGUUAUUUUUACUAGCUAAAUCAGUCAGAUUCAGUUCAAUUUAGACUGCAAUUUUAACCAGAAAAAUUGUUUCCCUCAGCAACUUUAUUAAGAUGCUCAUCCAUUUUCUCUCACUAGACAGUGGAAAAAUACUCUUUGCUUGUAUCACCACUGAUGGACAUAUUUGGACAUCCUAAAUCUGAAAAUGCGCUUGGCAAUGCAGUUGUUUGGUUUAAACAAGAUUGAGGGGUACAUGUAGGCAUCAUAGGCUCAGCAAUUAAAGUUGAACCCUUAGUAGAAUGAUUUCUAUGUCAGUCUAUAGAACACUGAAUAUUGUGUACAUAUCCUGAAUGGGUUAAAUAAAUAAUCUUUCGAAAUAAAAAUAACAUCAAGUGAAGCACAACAGUUAGUACAUACAUAUCACUUACAGAUACACACAGAUCUGUUGUUUUUCACUUCACAUCACAAUUUGAGGAUCUGAAAAUAUAGGAACUUUUACCAAGUUGUGCAAGACUCAAGAAUAGGAAAAGUCAUUUCUGAACAUUUUUGUCACCAGUUCACUUUUUAACCUCUUAAAUUGAUGUGUACUUGUAUGAGCAGAGAUGGUUUGUUUCACACAGGACAUUUAUCAUGAUUAUUGUCUUUCCUAGAUUAGUCUCCUGUCAUACAGUACGUGUGCUAUUUAGGCAAGAACACUGAAACACUGAACUGCACCAGUCUUAUUGUUUGGCCUCAGGAAAGAAUUGUUAAAAAUAUACACGUAAAAUACGCUACCACAAUUGGCAUCUAUCAACAGGCUAAAAAUGAAUGUCCUGUCCCUUCUGCUUCCAUCAUUAAUACCGUGAAAUGCAGGAGUGCUUUCCUUUUAAAGUCGACCUGAUACAACAAGUAAAAAACACACGUACCAAUAAAUCAUUGUACAGUCA